GGAAGCUCGGGUCAAAGUUAACACUUCCGGUGUACACAGAACUUUUGCAAAAUUUAGUUUAUAACCUGGGAUAAUGCAUUUCUAUUUAAAUAUCGGACACAGAGUUAGCAAAUGAGUAUUUGACAUUCAACAGUAUUUGUUUUUUUUACAAAACAAACAAAUAAUGCCAAGGCAUAAACGAGCCAGGAGAGAGUUUUCAGCUGAUAGAAAUCUAUCACAUGAAAGGCAGAGGAACCAGUUGCCAUCAGUUUCUGGGGGAUCCAGAGGAAAGCAAUGGCACAAACAGAGAUCUAAUUUCACACAGGACUGCAGUUCAUCCAGAGACCAUCAGACUAAUUCAGGAGAAACAUGCACUGAUGAACUUGAAAUACCAGGAUUUUACUAUGACAAAGAGAAGAAAAGAUAUUUCAAGAUAGCUCCAAACCAUGCCACUAGCACAUGCAACUAUACAAGAGAUGCGAUUAGUAAGAAACAAGCGGAGAUAAAAAGACAAAAUGACAUAGAUAAAAUAUUUAAAACUGACACUAAAGGUGUACAACAGACACGAAACAAAAAGUGUUUCUCAAAUAAUUUAACAGCCCUUAUUCAAGACAGACUAGUGUUCGGUCAUAACAAAUUCUUUUUAAAAUCAAAUAUAUUUAGGAACAAUAUAUCACAUAUAAAGCCCGUUGGUUCACAGAAUGUAUUUGAUCCACAUCUGUUGAGUCCUUAUGAAAAUUUAGAACACAUGCAGGUGAUGCAUACUGGUAAGGAACACGAUGAAAUUUUAUCUCUGUGGUGUAUAAAAGAAACAUGGGUUCAAAGAAUUCAGAGAGUGAAGAUCUUGGAAUCUUUACGGACAGAAAAACAGACCUCACUGUCGGUGACGGCACAGCCCCAGUUGCAAGCUAUUUUACCAAUGCUAAAUAAAGUGACAGAUCUAUGUUGGGCUCCAGUGUCAGAUACUGGAAAACAUGUUUUAUACACUACAAUGUGUCAUAUGGGCCAUCAGGAAAGCUUAGCUCUAAUAAAAAGCUUAGAUCCAGGAGAUACUUCAGCUUGUCAGGACUAUAAUCUGGGUAAGAAAGCAACAUGGACAUGUGCAUGGAAUAGAACCAAGUGUCAGUUUAGUGUUGGAAGUGAGAAAUGUGUAUUGGUGCUUAACGUAGAGCGCAGAACAAUGUGGGAAUACAAUACAAACAAGAGUGAUCCUCUGUCACUGGCUUUCUCACGCCAUUCGGGGAACAGCUUACACACAGGCACUCGUCAUGGUCAGAUCAUGACAUUUGACAUGAGAAGUAGGUCCACUUUUCCAGUUUGCACACUCAGCCAUCAUUCCAGUGUAUGCAGUGUUAAAGACCUUGAAAAUGACAACUACCUGCUGGCAUCAGACUUUACAGGCAAGGUGUGUUUAUGGGAUCUACGAAAGAAAAAGAUUUUGGUGCAAUAUCCUGGAAAUGUUAAUCAGUAUUCAAGGUUACCUGUACAUGUAGAUGAACUGCAGAAAAUUGUCUACACUGUCGGAGAGGAUGGUUACACCAGGUUUUGGAGUUUAGAUCAAGGGAAACAACUCUACACAAUUCCUCCUCCAUGUUCAGUGUCAAGGGAGACAAUCCCAUGUGUACAGUUAUCCAGUAGGUGGGGAAAUAGAGAUGGAAAUAUGGGACUGAUAAUGGGUUUGAAAAAUAAACUGUAUUUCUAUGGAACCUUGCCUUUGACUUGAAUUACAAGGAGCCAGAUAUGUUACAUGCUUUAGUUUGAUGGGCUUGUAGAAAUUUAAUAAAGCAAGUUGUGCAAGUUAUACUACAGGAUGUUAUAUUUGCAUAUACAGAGAAUAGACAUCAACUUUAUGGAAAGGUAUAAGACUCAGAAGUGACAACAUUGACUGUGAUAAAUAGUGACAGUCUGAAAGAUUUAUACAAAAAGAGAUGGACAUGAUUGUGCUUUGCCCCAGAGAGUAAAACUGAAUAAAGUACAUUUUACCAAGGUUUGUAAUUUCAUCUAAGUUAAAUAAAAGUUGUUGGUUAUAAAAAAUUG